CGUGACUGGAAUAAUACAGAGAGAGAGAGACAAUAAACAAUACAAUACACUAUACACAAUGACUGUAUCACUGAAUGGCCUAUCAUUUGACUGUUCGCUUAAUAAUACCGACGAUGACGGCGGGGGUGGCGGUAGUGGAGGAAGCGGUGGCGGCGGCGGCAGUAGCUCUCAAUUGGCCGAUCUAUCAUCGGCUGCUGCAGCGGCCGCAGCAGCCGCUGCCCAACAACAAACCGGCCAACUGUUAGCCGGUCCGGGAGCUCUACGGGCGUCGGCUAUCGAAGCCGGUUUGGUUAAGUUGACCAGCGAUCAAUUGGAAAUGGUUAACAAAGCUAAAAAGUUUGCCAUGGAACAAUCGAUACGAUCGGUUCUGGUCAAACAGACCAUUGCUCAUCAACAACAACAACAAAAAUCAUUGCAAAGACAUCAGGCACUGGUACUGAUGUGUCGGGUAUAUGUCGGCAGUAUUAGCUUCGAACUGAAAGAGGACACAAUUCGGACGGCGUUUACACCGUUCGGACCAAUCAAGUCGAUCAAUAUGUCUUGGGAUCCGAUUACACAAAAACAUAAAGGUUUCGCUUUCGUUGAGUACGAUCUGCCCGAAGCCGCACAGCUGGCACUCGACCAGAUGAACGGUGUAAUUAUUGGCGGCCGUAACAUCAAAGUUGGCCGACCAUCGAAUAUGCCUCAGGCGGCCCCGAUUAUCGAACAGCUCCAGCACGAGGCCAAGUCCUACAAUCGUAUCUAUAUUGCGUCCAUUCAUCAGGACUUAUCCGAAACGGAUAUCCAAUCGGUGUUCGAGGCGUUCGGCAAAAUUAAAUCCUGCAAAUUAGCCCAAUCGUCAUAUCCGGGCAAACAUAAGGGCCACGCGUUCAUUGAGUACGAAACAGAUCAGGCGGCCAUCGACGCCAUUACGUCGAUGAAUCUCUUUGACUUAGGCGGCCAAUACUUGCGAGUGGGUCGAGCAAUAACACCGCCCAACUGUUUCGACGGUCCCGGGGCUGCACCGCCCAGUGCUAUGCCUACGGCUGCUGCCGUAGCCGCUGCAGCGGCUACAGCAAAAAUUCAGGCAAUGGACGCCGUAGCCAGUCUGGCACCGAAUACUAACGGUACGGGUGCAGCAAUUCCGCCGCCAGGAAUUGCACUGCCGACUCCUGUUGGACUGACUACUGCAUCCACUGUCGCACUGAGUAUUGGCUCGUCAAACGGUCAUCCAGUAUUGGCGUCCACAGCACCGGGCAUUAUAACCGGUGUAACGCCUAAUAAUAAUAACAACUCCCAACAUAUACCGUCGCCAGCAUUAGUUACAAAUCUACCAUUAAGUCUAACAAACAAUAAUAAUACAGAGAUAACACCGACAUUACCGAUAAUAACUUCCAAAUUCAGUAGUACACCACCCGUUACACUCGUGACGACCAACAAUAGCAACGCCAACAACAACGAUACGAUUCACACAUCAUUAGCAGCACCGACAACCACAACAACAACAACAAUACCGAUGGCGGGAGGAGUCAGCGCCGUUAGUUCUAACGUUUCCGCAGAAACAGCUGCGGCCAUAGCGGCCGCUAAAGAUCUUGAACUUAAACUGUCCGAAUCUAACAGUAAUAUCGAUGAAUCGCAAACAUUACAACAACAAGAAAAUAUGGUCAUUAAGGGAACAACUGCUAGACAAAUGUUGAUGCAUAAACUCAUGAGGAAGAAUGAGUCAAGAGUUAUUGUACUGAGAAAUAUGGUUGGCGUUGAAGAUAUUGACGACGAACUCGAAUCGGAAGUAACUGAAGAGUGCGGCAAAUUUGGAUCAGUUAAUCGGGUUAUCAUUUACCAGGAAAAACAAUCGGAAGAAGAAGACGCCGAAAUUAUUGUCAAAAUAUUUGUCGAAUUCAGUCAACAAUCCGAAGCCGUCAAAGGACGGGACGCAUUGAAUGGCCGUUUUUUCGGCGGCCGAGUGGUCAAAGCCGAACUAUACGAUCAGAUUUUAUACGACGACAAUGACUUAAGCGGCUAAUCUGAUUGUAUUAAAAAAAAUAAAAUCCAAUAUAAAUUAAUUUGUUUC